GAUAUGGGGGCGAUGAUGGCCCUGGCACUGUGCCUGCUGCUGCUGGGGGCUGUGCCCAGCCAGGGGAGCGGCUCUGGCCCGCACACACUGCACUAUUUCUACACGGGGGUGUCGGAGCCUGGCCCCAGGCUGCCCCAGUUCAUCGCGGCUGGCUACGUGGACGGGCAGCUCAUCAUUGACUAUACCACCAAGACAAAGAACGCGGAGCCCAGAACAGAGUGGAUGGCGAGGAACCUGGACCCGACGUACUGGGACCAGGAGACACGGAUCUUCCAGGUCAAUAAGGCCAGGUUCAGAGAUGCUGUGGAGACUCUGAGAAACCGCUACAACCAGAGCAAGGGGUUUCACACCUGGCAGUUCAUGGCUGGCUGUGAGUUACUGGAUGGCAGAAGCACCGGUGGGUACUGGCAGUAUGGCUACGAUGGAAGAGACUUUAUCAGCCUGGAUAAGGAGACCCUGACCUGGACAGCAGCAGACACAGGAGCACAAGUCACUAAGGGGAAGUGGGAGGCUGAUAGGAGCUUGGCAGAGUAUGGCAAGUGGUAUCUGGAGCAGAACUGUGUCGAGGAGCUCAGAAAGUACCUGGAGUACGGGAAGGAGACUCUGCAGAGGAAAGAGACCCCGGAAGUGAAGGUGUUGGCCAAGGCAGCCCCCGAAGGCCCCACCACCCUCUCCUGCCGGGCCCACGGCUUCUACCCCCGGAACAUCGCCGUCACCUGGGUGAAAGAUGGGGAGACCAGAGACCAGGAGACGCAGCGAGGGGGCAUUGUGCCCAAUGAGGACGGGACCUACUACACCUGGGCAGCCACAGAGGUAGACCCCAAGGAGACAGACCUGUACACGUGCCGAGUGGAGCACGAGAGCCUGAGGAAGCCCCGUGAUUUCUUUUGGGUUAAGGACAAGCCCAACUCCUCGCUGAUUCCCAUCGUGGUUGGAGUUCUCGCUCCCCUCGCCCUGGUCACGGUUGUGAUAAUCGGAGUCAUCGUCUGUAGAAAGCAGUCAGGCAACAGCUCUGGACAGAUGAGGACAGAUUCUCCGGUUGCUCCGGACUCCCAGGUCAACAGCAGCAGUGCAGACCCAGAGUCAGUGCAGUGUGACAGCCUGCUGCAGACUAAGCCAGAGACCCUGACGAAAAUUGCUCUUCGGGCAGGAAUGAACGAGAAAAUGUUGCAUCCGUGAUGAUUUUGUUCCUGCCCUGAGUCCGUCUGUGAGCCCAGGGGUUGGGGCUGUGUCAAGCACCUCAGUUCCAGCCUGUGGACGCAGAUCAGAGCUGGUUCUGGCCCUGAGAACAGCUGCACUCACUGAAAUCUCUUCUCUCUCUGCGGGGAGAAAGGGAGCCGGCUACGCACCUCCAGGUGAGUGAGAGGAAACAUCGGCCUCUGUCCGUGCGUCUGUCCCUGCACCUUGUGCCAGCCGGUCCUGCUGCCUUGAGUACAGCAGCUUGGGCAAGUCACAGGAGACCCAGCCCCACUUUCACAGCCUGGAGAGCAGCAGCAGCGGGACUGGCUAAUGCCCUGCACCUCCCACCCCCUUC